AUGAGUGAUAAGCCUGUUCUUCUUUUUGUCACAGGGGCCUGGCAUCCUCCGAAAUGCUACGACGGCCUGAAGAGCUCCCUCAUCGAAUUGGGCUACGAGUGUGUUAUCCCGAAGCUUCCCAGUGUAGGACCGGAGAGUCAUGGAGUCACUUGGAAAGCAGACACGGCCAAGAUCUUGGAAACAGCAGAGCAAUUCUUUGUUCAGGGACGAGAGGUUGUCCUCAUCGCCCAUUCGUAUGGCGGCAUUCCCGCUACGGCCGCAACGCAAGGCCAGGGGGUCCAGGAACGGCAAGCGGCGGGGCUGAAAGGAGGAUUUCACUCGAUCAUUUUUCUGGCUGCUUUUGCCAUUCCGGUUAGAGGCUGGGAUCUUAUUACGACUUUCGGGGGAGCGUAUCCGCCAUGGCUUGAAACCAGCGAGAAAUAUACAAAGAAUAAACUGACUAGAAUGGUACACGAACAAGCUCGGGAGUGCGUCUACAGCGGCUGCACCAAAGAAGCAACAGACACAGCCCUGCAAGAAACGCAGCCGCAUUCUCAAGAUGCGUUCGAGACCAGCCUAGACUUUAUCGCUUCCGAUAUCACCAUCCCCAAGACCUACAUCAUUUGUGAGAAAGAUCAGCUACUGCAGCUUCCCCUCCAAGAAAAGCUUGUUGAGUCAACGCCAGGAAUGAAGGAGGCCAGGCUUGCGAGGGGCCAUAGUCCAUUUGUGGAGGACGCGGCAGAAACGGCCGAUAUGAUUCUUAAAGUGGUGGAAGGACGAGUUUAG